AACGGUCGGAAUGAGACACAAGUCCGAGGGCAGGACGUGACCUUUGAGGUAUGAGUAAUUGGGAACUUUACCCUCUGGAGUAUGUACGUGAACAUAAACGUGUUCCCAAGCUCUGCGGUAACCACUCGAUUUGCAGUUGGUCGCCGCGCUCUGCAACCCACCUGGUGCCCUAAUGUCGGAAAACAUGGCGGCCCUAACGCCACGGACUCCUUGCAUUGUUAGCGCUGUAAGGACACCCUUAGGUGCCUUCCAGGGAGCUUUGUCAUCUUAUACCGCAAUGGAGCUUGGGGCGUUUGCUAUACGCGGAGCCCUGGAGCGGGCCGGUGUGCGGCCGGAAGAUGUCGAUGAGGUUAUCUUUGGCAAUGUUAUAUCCGCGAACCUCGGCCAGGCUCCCGCCACCCAGGCGGCCCUCGGUGCCGGGCUCCCCCCCAGCACCCCCUGCACGCUGGUGAACAAGGUAUGCUCCUCGGGGCUGAAGGCGGUGAUGCUGGCGGCACAGGCGAUCAUGGCGAGCUCUGCUGACGUCAUUGUGGCUGGCGGCAUGGAGAGCAUGAGUAACGCCCCACAUUACCUGCCCGGGGCCAGGAAGGGCCUGAGACUGGGCGACGGCUCCGUUGUGGACGGUCUUGUCAAGGACGGUCUGUGGGACCCGUACGGCAACAUCCACAUGGGCAGCUGUGCGGAGAUGUGCGCGGACAGGUUCGCAGUGGGCCGCCAGCAGCAGGACGAGCAUGCGCUGCAAAGCCACCGGCGGGCAGUGGCGGCGGCGGCGGCGGGGUACACAGCGGCGGAGGUCGUACCCGUGCCGCGGCCUGGCGGAGGCGGCGGACCAGGGUCGUACAUCUGGGAGGAUGAAAGUCUUUCGAAGAUGGACCCUGUACGGCUGACGGCGCUCAAGCCGUACUUUCGUCGUGACGGCGGAACGGUCACAGCAGGCAACGCGUCGCCUAUGACCGAUGGGGCGGCGGCAUUGGUGAUAGCAAGUUAUGAAGCCGUACAGCGUCUGGGCUUGCCAUUGCUGGCGGCGGUACGGGGCUUUGCUGACGCAGCACAAUCGCCAGAAUGGUUUACGACAGCCCCGGCGCUAGCAGUACCACGCGCACUCAAACACGCGGGGCUGACGUCAGCAUCUGACGUGGACUAUUGGGAAGUCAACGAGGCGUUCAGCGUCGUUGACCUGGUCAACCGGCAGUUGCUGGGGCUACCGGCCGAGCGAGUCAACGUCUUCGGCGGGAGUGUGGCUCUAGGGCAUCCUAUCGGCGCGAGCGGUGCGCGCAUCCUAGUGACUUUGCUCAACGUGCUGCGCUCCAGGGGGGGUAGGAGGGGCUGCGCCGCCAUUUGCAACGGCGGGGGCGGCGCAUCCAGCAUCGUCGUGGAGGCGAUGCCGCCGCCACUCGACAAACAGCAGCAGCAGCAGCAGCAACUGCCGACGGCGGCGGCGGCGAUGACGCGGCAACAAUCGCAAUUGUAGCUGUAGCUCAGUAUCACCGUCGUAUUAGUAUUAGGAGAAACACAUUAAUCACGAUUAGUAUUGUGAGGUUUUACGAUGCGAGACGAGUUUAAAUGGUUGGCAUGCGAAGUCGAAGGGGUUACUGGGUAGUCGAUGUAGUCGAAUGUUGUAGUAGAGUAGCAAUAAUGGCACUUGCAGCUGAGAUAGAGUAGCCGGUCUUCAACUUAAAUGAGCUUAAGGCAGUUGGGAAUUAUUGGGAAUUACUGGGAAUGCAAGGUGGUGAAGACAAGGAGCGAACCGUUGCAGGUGGUGGGCAGGACGUAAGAGAAACGGAAGCAGGAACAGGAACAGGAACACCUGUGCACUGAAUUGUACAUUAUUUAAUGGUUUAUAGGUUUUAAGGUUUUACUGUUAUGGCGACCCAGACCCUGUGCGAAGAACAGUGAAACACAGACGGGACAUGUGGGGCUGUAGCAGCUCGGAGCAACAACUGGUGCCUCGCAGGGAGAAGCAGUAGCAGCUUGGCGCAAUUGCAUCUUGUGGCGUAUGUGUGUAUGUAUGUAUGUACGUAUGUGUGCAUUUGCAUGUAUAUCUGUGUGCAUAUGUGCACACUCCCAGGAUUUGAUGAGGAUUUUGAGGAAAAGAGUGCAACGGCGGCAGGGGAAGUGGGGGGUUUGCAUAUGGACUCCGACAGCCAGAUGGCUCCGACAGCCAGUUCCGCUCAUUUCAUUUCUUACGUUGUUGCUGAUGAUGUCUGUAUCGGUUACCCUCCACGAUCUUAAGAUGAUACAUUACGAGAUGCCAAAUUCGUCAAACCUGAGCUGACGUUUGUUAGGGUUAUAUCUAGCUUGGCCGACGCUUGGCUGAUGGGCACACAUGCGUAGCGGGGUCUGUCCUCCAGUUUACAAAAAAAUGUUUUAGCAUCUCCGGCAGAAAUGCUAAGCAUCCGAGCACACCGCACGAAAUUGGUUGUUGCAGCAAAGCCCGCGGAAAGGUGUUUCCUCCGGUGUGUGAUAGUAUUGGUAC